AUGACUUCUCUUUCCAAGCAGUCUAUUCCCAUUUUCACAAAGUACCUCCAUAACCUCUCGGCCAUUGUGAGAAAAGCCGAGACAUUUGCAAAUGAAAAGUCCAUCAAGCAUGAAGAGGUCAUCAACUACCGUCUGAUCUCAGACAUGCGAGGCUUGGCCUAUCAGGUGCAAUCAUGCUGCAAUACCGUCGCCUUCUUCGUGGAGCGGGUAUCCGGCGUUGAGCACGUUGCCGUCGAGGACAAUGAGGAGACGUUUGACCAGCUGUGCGGCCGUAUUGACCGCACCGUCGACUACCUGAGCAAGGCCGACACGGAAAGCAUUGACAAGGGCGUCGACUCGCCCAUUAUCAUGGAGACAAAGAUGGGCAACUUUCGGUUUGAGUCGGGCCAGACCUACUUUUCAGAGUACUGUCUCGCCAACUUCCACUUUCACCUGGGCUCGGCGUAUUGCAUUCUCCGGACCCAGGGUGUGCCGCUCGGAGCUUUUGAUUACCUCAAGGAUGUCUUUCACAAGGUUGAAUAA